UGAAGGAGGCGUAGACUUCAGAGUUCAGACACAACCCACUUGGACACAACUGUAACUUCAACAUCUUUAUCGAUCACGAGCAGACACACACACACUCUGUUCAAGAACAUCUGAUUCGAAUCCAUUUACUUUAUUUAGGAGUAAACUAGCAAUGGACUCAGAGCUGAUACUUCACGAAGGAGGAUGCCACUGUGGGAAGAUCAAAUGGAGAGUAAAAGCAUCGAGAAGAGUGGUGGCAUGGAGCUGCAACUGCACAGACUGUUCAAUGAGAGGCAACGUUCAUUUCAUCGUUCCUUCAAGCGACUUUGAGCUUCUCGGUGAUUCCAAAGAUUUCAUCACCACUUACACUUUCGGGACUCACACGGCCAAGCACACCUUCUGCAAGGUCUGUGGGAUCACAUCGUUUUAUACCCCCAGGUCUAACCCCGAUGGAGUUGCAGUCACUGUUAAGUGUGUUAAGCCAGGGACACUGGACCACGUAGAGGUUAGAAGCUAUGAUGGUCAGAACUGGGAAAAGUCGCAUAAAGAGACCGGUAUUGCUUCGUUCUCCAAAGACUCGAGCUAAAGAAGCUUAAAGCAUGAGCGAGAAACAAUUUGGAAAAUCAAUGUUUUUUUCUUUGCUUAAUGCUGUUCAAAUCUGUAACCAGCAGAUAACUAUGUUUAUCAUAUCAAUGUGACUUGUUUGUGAUA